CCUUUCAUCAUGUUUAUCGCCGUCCUGGCGUUCUUCCACUGCAGCGAAUUCCUGCUGGCCUGCAUAUUCAUGCGCGAUGAGUUGUCAAUACGAUCUUGGCUCAUCAGCAAGGCCUACGUCACAGCCAUGGCCUUCGCCUUGCUGGAGUACCUGUUGGAGGCCUGCGCUGUACCGUCGAUCAAGAUCGGCGAUGGGGGCAUGGGCACCAUAUCGUGGCUGGGCCUGUCUCUCGUGCUGCUGGGCGAGGGGAUACGCAAGCUGGGCAUGAUUACCGCGAGGUCAAACUUCACUCACAACAUCCGUACGAAGCGACACCCAACACACGUCCUCGUGACGCGAGGCAUAUACAGGUUCAUCAGGCAUCCUGGCUACCUGGGAUGGUUCAUGUGGUGCUUGGGCACUCAGAUGCUUCUGGGCAACCCUAUCUGCGUCAUAGGCUUCGCCGUCGUGGCCUGGCGCUUCUUCUCUUCGCGCAUCGCAACCGAGGAAACCUAUCUGCGCCAGUUCUUCGGUGACGCCUACGAUACCUACGCCGCCCGCACGCCCACCUGGAUUCCCUUCAUUCCGUGAGAGAGGGCACGGAACGAGGAAUCUGCCAGGAAGCACGCGCCCAGGUGGCCUUCCUUGGCCCGGACGCCGUACACUCCUCCCAGGCACCUACGGCCCAUCGACCGCUUUUCAUCGCGUGCUUCGUUCCUGUACGCAAGAGGACCAGGCUAUCGCAAGCCCUAUACCAAACAAGAAUUACAAGCUAAUUGUGGAGCUGCCACCGCGAUACGACACAAUGAGCCGCGGUGCGGAAUUGGUCUCUCCUCAUAUCCGCGCGACGCUGCCAAGG